ACGGAUGAAAAUCGGAGCAAAAAUAAGUGAUGACAUUUAACAUAAAGAAAAAUGGGAUAACGAGGCAAAACGAACAAUAAACCACCCGGGAUCCCCAGACGGAACGGGACAAACGGGCAUCGCAAAGAAAACGAACUGAUACAGUUGGGCUGGCAAUUGGGCCAAUUGUGAUGGUGGAACCAGUGGGGUUUGUGGAGGCCUGGAAGGCCCAGUUCCCGGAGUCUGACCCCCCCAAGAUGGAGCUGAAUUCGGUGGGGAGCAUCGAGCAGGAACUGGAGAGGUGCAAAGCCUCCAUCCGGCUCCUGGAGGUGGAGGUGAACAAGGAACGUUUCCGGAUGAUCUACCUGCAGACGCUGCUGGCCAAGGAGCGCAAGAGCUAUGACAGGCAGCGAUGGGGCUUCAGGCGGGUGUCGCACACAGGCGAACCUGGCCCCCAGACCCCGCCCCACACACACGACCACGCGCAGGGGGAGUGGGGGAAACCGCGGCCUGCCCCUGCCAGGAAACACUCAUAUCACGGCGACGGGGUGGAGCCCCCCAGUGGCGGGGAGGUGCUACUGCACCGGGAGCUGGGGGAGACAGAUGGGGCCUCGCCUUCCAAGCAGAGGGGAGGCGUCCCCGCCUCGCGGAGGCUCCCUGACAAAGACGCGCCCCCCCCCGCUGACCCCUCGCAGAAAGACCGGCCGGGCAUGGGUCUGGGCGUGGCGGCGCUGAGGUCCAACUUUGAGCGGAUCAAACGAGCCAACUCCCACUCGUCUGGGGAGGGGAAGGCCGGGCUGGAGUACCACCACGAGCGGGGCGUGGCCCGCGGGAACGACCGCGACCGCGACCGCGAGGCCUCCGACCGCGCCGGCGCCCAGAUCGAGCGCAAGCGCUCCCUGCACUCCCUGCCCGGGAACCUGGCCGCCGUCGCCACGGCAACCACCGCCAUGACGGCAGGGGAGCUCCUCCUGCGCCGGCCCGUCCACCGGGGCCGGUCGGUGGAGGGCCACGAGGACGGCGACGGGCCCCCCAGCCGGUUUCCCAGGGAUACCGGCGCGCGGGCCAACGGCGGGAAGCAGCCGCACGCGCCCCCGCCCCCCUGGCAGCCCUCGGACUUCCCGCCGUACACCAGCGUGUAUGUGGGCGGGGUCGGGGACGGGGGCGGGCUGGCCUGGGCGCGGAGGGCGUACUCGCCGGGCAGCCUGGAGGACGGGGUGGGCGGCGGCGGGUACACGCCCGACUGCAGCUCCAACGAGAACCUGACGUCCAGCGAGGACGACUUCUCCUCGGGCCAGUCCAGCCGCGUGUCGCCUAGCCCCACGGCGUACCGCGGCGGGGCCUUCCCGCGCGAGGAGAAGAGCCGCUCGCCCUCCCAGAACUCCCACCAGUCGCUGGACAGCAGCAGCCCGCCCACGCCGCAGGGCCAGCGCCGCCACCGGGGGGCGCCGCACGUGCUGGUGUCCUGCCCCGAGGCCGGCCUGCCCGGGGGCAGCAGCCGCAAGUCCGUCCACGUCUGGACCGGGGACCCCGACCGAGCCCUGCGCGACAACACCUUCCACGGGGACCUGGACGGCCCACUGGGUGGGACUCCUCCUCCGUACUACGAUGCAGACCGGGCGGAGGAGCAGCGGCGUUUCCAGGACAUGAUGCCGUACAUCGACGACUCGCCCUGCUCCUCCCCCCGCCUCAGCUCCCGCAGCAGGAGCAGCCGCGACACCCUCUCCUCCGGCUCCCUGGAGUCCUCCAAAUCUGCGGAGCUAGACCUGGAGAAGGGUCUGGAGAUGAGGAAGUGGGUGUUGUCAGGGAUCCUGGCCAGUGAGGAGACCUACCUCAGCCACCUGGAGGCGCUGUUACUGCCCAUGAAGCCUUUGAGAGCAGCUGCCAGCACCUCCCAGCCCGUGCUCUCACUCCCCCAGAUCGACACCAUCUUCUACAAAGUGCCUGAGCUCUACGAUGUCCACAAGGAGUUCUACGAUGGCCUCCUACCCAGAGUGCAACAGUGGAACCACCACCAGUGUGUGGGCGACCUUUUCCACAAACUGGCCAGCCAGCUCGGCCUGUACCGGGCCUUCGUGGACAACUACAAGGUCGCCGUGGAGACGGCGGAGAAGUGUUGCCAGGCCAACAUGCAGUUUGCUGAAAUCUCUGAGAACCUGAAGGUCAGGCAGACAAAAGACUGUAAGGAACAGCCAACCAAAACCUCACUGGAGACUCUGCUGUAUAAGCCAGUGGACCGAGUGACGCGGAGCACGCUGGUUCUGCAUGACCUCCUGAAACACACCCCCACCAGCCACCCGGACCACGCCCUGCUGCAGGACGCCCUCCGCAUCUCCCAGAACUUCCUGUCCAGCAUCAACGAGGAGAACACGCCCCACCGGCAGGCCAGGAAGGGGGAGAACAGACAGCUGCUGAAGGACAGCUUCAUGGUGGAGCAGGUGGAGGGAGCGCGCAAACUGCGUCACAUCUUCCUGUUCAACGACCUGCUGCUCUGCGCCAAGCUGAAGAAACAGACCGCGGGGAAGAGCCUGCAGUAUGACAGUAAGUGGUACAUCCCACUGUGUGACCUCACCUUCCAGGCGGGGGAGGAGGCAGAUGCUCCGCCCGUCCCCCAGGUCCCAGAUGAGGAGAUUGACGGCAUGAAGGCCAAGAUCUCCCACCUGAAGGCUGAGAUUCAGAGAGAGAAGGCGGCCAGUAAAGGGGUGAAGGCGGUUGAGAGGAUGAAGAAGAAGCUCUCUGAGCAGGAAUCCCUCCUGCUGCUGUCCUCCCCAUACAUGCCUCUGAGAGUGCACAGCAGGAGCGGCAAGAGCUACAUGUUCCUGAUCUCCUCGGAUUACGAGCGUGCGGAGUGGAGGGAGGCGAUUCAGGAGCAGCAGAAGAAGUGUUUUAAGAGCGCCACCCUGAGCUCACUGGAGCUGCAGAUGCUGACCAGCUCCUGUGUGAAACAGCAGACCGUGCACCCCAUUCCCCUCAGCAUCUACAGAGAAGAUGCUGAGUCUCCUGGGCUGUACGGCUUCCUGAACGUGAUCGUGCACUCUGCCUCCGGACUCAAACAGAGCCUCAAUCUGUACUGCGCCUUAGAGGUGGACUCUUUUGGCUACUUCACCAACAAGGCCAAGACGAGGGUGUACAGGUACACCACCGAACCCAACUGGAACGAGGAGUUUGAGAUCGAGCUGGAGGGCUCUCAGGUCCUCAGGCUGCUCUGCUACGAGAAGAACUACAGCCGAACCAAGCUGAACAAGGAGGACGGGGAGAGCACCGACCGCAUUAUGGGCAAAGGACUGAUCCAGCUGGAUCCACAGACGCUGCAGGGCAAAGACUGGCAGAGGACCGUCAUCGCCAUGAGCGCGAUUGAGGUGAAAAUCUCCAUGAAGUUCACCAGCCGCGAGCUGAGCCCAAAGAGACGGUCGUCAGACAAACCCAUGGGCGUGUUCGGCAUCAAGAUCUCCGCCGUGACCAAGCGUGAGCGCUCCAAAGUCCCCUACAUCGUGCGGCAGUGUCUGGAGGAGAUAGAGAGACGGGGCUUGGAGGAAGUUGGCAUCUACCGUGUCUCGGGCGUGGCCACCGACAUCCAGGCCCUGAAAGCCGCCUUCGACACCAAUAACAGGGACGUGUCUGUGCUGAUGAGUGAAAUGGAUGUGAAUGCCAUUGCCGGGACGCUCAAACUGUACUUCCGUGAGCUUCCGGAACCCCUGUUCACCGACGAGCUGUAUGCCAACUUCGCUGGCGGCAUCGCUCUGUCAGACAGCGUGGCGAAGGAGAGCUGCAUGCUGAACCUGCUGCUGUCACUGCCAGAACCCAACCUGCUCACCUUCCUGUUCCUGCUCGACCACCUGAAGAGGGUGGCUGAGAAGGAGAGCGUCAACAAGAUGUCCCUGCACAAUCUGGCGACAGUGUUUGGGCCCACCCUGCUGCGCCCCUCAGAGAAGGACAGCAAGAUCCCCACCAAUCCCACGCAGCCCAUCAGCAUGGGCGACAGCUGGUCCCUGGAGGUGAUGUCACAGGUUCAGGUUCUGCUAUACUUCCUGCAGCUGGAGACCAUCCCCACGCCUGACAGCAAACGACAGAGCAUCCUCUUCUCUACGGAGGUGUAGACAUAUUCUUUUGUGUGAGACUUUUUUUUAGUCAAGGACACUGGAGAGAGAAAGAGAGAGAAAGAAAGAGAAAGAGAAGAGAGAGGGCGUGAAGUGGAACCUUUCUGUGGAUGUAUGGCCGUUUCAGGGGAACUCAGUCGCAGGGACACAGCCCUGUUAGGAUCGCUACACAGACAUAAAGGCACGAAGAAGAACUGCAUCCCUCAAAUCACAUUUAUGAUAGCCGUCUUAUCAUUUCAUAAACCAUGGGUUUGUGUCUCGUCUCACGCAGGGCAUAUGUAGAAACCUGUAUCUUGGGAUUCAUAUUUCAUACGUCCCCGCCGUGUCGCUCUUGCUUGGUUUCUCUAUUGAUCCCUGACCUAGAAUAUUAAUAUUAUUAAUAUUAAAGGCUCCUCUUAAUGGUGUCUGCUCUGAUUUUCAGUGAAGCUGCAGUUUCCUCUUAGGAGUUUCUUUCAACCUCAAUAUUUUACCUCGUAAAACAUUAAACAGAUCGGUUAUUUAUGUUCGACUACAGAGAUGCUGGCUCCAGUUUGGAAGGUCUCUGGCAUGUUCUCACGGAAAAGGAAUGAGUUUUAAGAGGAACAAAGUAAGGCAGGGCUAUAAUAGGUUACACAUUUAGUGAUGCGGUGUAGGUCAUUUCCACUGCAUGUCCUUCUGGGUUGGUGCGCGUUUAAUAUGUAGGCUAAGUUAGUACAGUAGGAUCUGCUUCAAUCAUAUUGAUUAUUAUUCCUGAAUCAUUAAAAGUACAUAAAGCAGGAGUGAGCCACAUUGUUGUUAUUGUUUUUGGAAAUCGUUCCUGAAAAUGUAUGUUGUUACAUUUUACAAGACUCCCUGGGAAAAUAUUUCGUAGCCGGGGGGAAAUGACUUGCACAUAUAUGGUAUGUACGUGUUGUUGUACAUAGUUUUAAAUUGUGCAUUUCUAUUUUUUGAGUACUUGGUGUCAUCCUUAUUGUGAAUAACUGUAAGACGGGUGGAAGCGGUUUAAGCCUGUGUACUGUGUGUUUUCAUUCUUUGGUGGCUCCCGCAGUCAGUGCAUAUGAGUGCUUUUUGGCAAGAAUACCAGGCCCAUAUUGUGUGAACUCUGCUCAGAUCUUCCAGGGAUUACUGUUAUCUGCACAUUGGAAAAGCGAUGGAUAUGUAGGAGACAGGGAGAGAGAGAGAGAUAGAAUAUGUGCCAGAGAGAGAGACAGUUGCAUGACAUUAUUUAUUUUUCAUUUAAUCAGAAGACGACUAUAUUAGAAUGGUAUAAUGGUUCAUUUAUGCAUCUCUAACAUGCAGGCAUGUUAAAUUGUUUUUUUUAAUUUUACGUUUUAUUAUUUUUACAUUAUUAUUAUUAUUAUUAUUGUUAUUAUUAUUAUUAUUGAAGUAUAACCCAUAGAAGUUUUGAAUUUAUGUGACCCGAACUAGCUGCUUUUGGAAGGAAGUGAAGAAUGAGUUAUGCUGGAUGAUGUUUCUCCCACUCUUUUUGGUACUACUGGUGAGCAGAAUGGUGAACGCUCUUCAACCAUGAGUGGGGAAUACCUAGCGUAAUGAUUGAUGAAUACCACAGAAAGGUGAAUACCACAGAGAACUGAAUAUGGUUUGUGAAUUCAUCAAAGCUGCACACUGUCUGCACAGGGGGCUGAAUGUACUGCAGGAAUCCAGUGGUGAUAGGACACUAACAACCCUGCAAUCCAAGAUAUUUUAAUCUUGGUUCCUUUUCAUCUUGUUUCCCUGAUUGUUGAUUCUGUGCUCAACACCAUCCUCUUCAACCCCACCCGGCAUCCCACCUACGAUUUUUUCCUUUUGAUAUGCACCCCAACCAUCAAGCUAACACUCAAACGAGCUAAACAGAUACACACUAAGCUUGGGCCUGGCUCUCUCCAUCAAUUUGAGAUUGAGAAGCUGUCCUGUCAGGAAUGUGUGGUCCUGCUGGAUUGUUGAGAUUCAGAGAUAGUUGGGGGGAGAGCUUCCUCAUUCGUGUCACGCUCAUCAAUCUCACUCUGACUUCCCACUGUGGCGACACGUGCUGCUUCACAACACUGAGGUCAUUUCCCGUCUACACUGCGCACCGCUCAUCCGAGCGGUUGACGAAGACACACGUUAAGAAGUAGGAUGCUGAUGAUGUAUUUAACUAGAAAGGUCGCAGACGGCAGGUCUAUUGGUUAUUUCCUGAUAAUCAAUGUUUUAAAUGUAAUUAUAUUGUAAUAAUGAUUUAUGGAAGAAUUCGAGUAACGUGGGAUCGAUGGGAGGAUGCUGUGUUGCGGACCGGGGCGGACGGUUUUGCGCGCAGAUCUGUGCGAGGCGACCGUGCGCUGUCACGGACGGGGAUUUUCCGUCCCACUCUGUUUCGGCUGUCGCCGGUCACUCGCAAAUGUCUUGCUCUAUGUUCUUAGCUGUGCCAGCUGAAAGAUUUAGCUGUUCUCAUGCCCCUUCUAUCUCCAUUGUUGUAUGUUAUUCUCAUCUGGUAGCUCUUUAAAGGGAUUCUGUAAACAGAAGAGGGGGGGUAAAGGAAAAGGAAUUGUGUGAAAAACGUUUGUAGCCUCUGUUUGUACACAAGCUGUUACAAUAAAAACUCCUGUAUGUAA